AUGGAUAUCAAUGAACAGACUUUUCAAACGCAAAAAGAGGAAAUCGAAUAUCUAAAAUCUCAACUCGAGAAAGAAAGAGCAAAUUUUGCUAAAAAAGAAGAAUCAUUGAAAGAGCAACUUGAAUUUGCAUUAAGAUCUUCGGAAAAAAUAUCACAAGAAUGUAACAGAUCAAUUGAAAUUGCAGAAAGAUUGAGAAUGUUCAUUGAAGGCGAUAAAGAUACGAAUUUUCUCGAUAUCAAAAACGAAUUGAAUACUCAUAUAGCAGAUAUGAGCAAAAACCAAGAGAAAGUUAAUCAUCUUAAUCAAAAAUACAGAAACGAUUUAAUCGAUUCUCAAAAUAAACUCAAUAAACUUCGAUUGGAUAUAUCUUCAAUUUUUGAAGAGCAAUUAUCUGCAGCAAAACAAUUUCCACAAUUUGCACAUCCUCUGAUAGAAAUUUCAAAAUCGAUUGAUAUGUCUAAUAUUGACUCCAUUAUCAAUGCUAUCAGGAAAACUAAUGAGGUUUUAUUUGAAGCUCUAUCUAAAAAGUGA